AUGAACAACUUUCUUAACUGCCGCGUAUUACUUCAGGCCCCCUACAGAGUCGAUGAAGAGAACGGUUGCAACAAAUACUUGCUCAUAUGUUCAACAUCAGGUACAUCUCCAGUGAUUUGGUAGCGAUGAAACUUCUCAAUCGGCUCAUCACCAUGUCCGAUGACAAGGUCCACAAUAUGUUCAAAGUGCUCAUCAUCGGCGAUAGUGGAGUUGGUAAAUCGUCCCUUCUGCUUCGGUACGCAGACAACAAGUUCCCGCUGAAGCAUCAGAUCACAAUCGGAGUGGACUUUAAGAUACGGACCAUCAAGAUCAACGAUGAACAUAUCAAACUGCAAAUCUGGGAUACGGCCGGCCAGGAACGGUUCCGACUGAUCACCAACAGCUACUAUCGGGGAGCUCACGGAGUGAUUUUGGUGUACGACGUGACCAGUAUGAAAUCGUUUCAGCAUGUUAAACGGUGGCUGAAGGAGAUACAGGUGAACUGUACCACCGGCGAAGUUUGCAAACUGCUGGUGGGGAACAAGAACGACAAUCCCCAGCUGAAGAUGGUACCGCCGAGGGAUGCCAAAGCCGUGGCCGAUAUGCACGGGAUGGAGUUCAUCGAGUCGUCGGCCAAGGAGUGCUACAAUGUGGAGAAAGUGUUCACGACUAUUGCCAAGCAGAUUUUAAAGCAACAGUUGAAAGAGGAAGGCAAGGAGUGGACCUAUGCGGUGGAGGAAUCUAUAAUAAUAAGUAGUGACCCCAGGGUCGAGAACAUUAAACUGCAAGGGCCAUGCUGUUAGUUUUAAGCGCAAAUUUGUCCAUAUGUAAUUUAAUGUAUAUGUGAAGCUAUUUUGUUAUGCGAAUUAAACAAUAGAAGUAUUACUUCUAACAAGAAGC